AUGGUGAUGUUUAAGUUUUUAAACGCUGUUCGGAGCCAUCUGUCAGUUAAGGAAAUAGAACAUUAUCGACUAGGAGUAAUGGUGAAUGAUAGUGAAUCACUCGAAAAUUUCACGGAAUUUGCAGAAGAGGAUGAAAUUUUAUAUCCACCGUUAGAAGCUUUGAGAUUUGCAAUAAUGUACAGUCAUUUGGAAUAUGCACGUUUCUUGUUACAAAGUUAUGGAGGUGCUGUGUUACAGAAAAAUCUUUGCUGUCCAUUACUUUUACUGGCUGUCCGCCUGAACGAUGAACCAAUGGUUAUUUUGAUUUGCCAAUACAGUGCAAAAGUAUCCGAAAAGACAGGCAUAAAUUAUCUCAAUUCCCAAGGAUGUGAACUUAUGGAAAGUGGAAAAACUGCAUUGCAUACUGCGGCAGAAUUAGGAUUUGUCGGAUGUACACGAAUUCUCCUACAAUAUGGGGCGGAUUCUUCCUUCAAAGAUUGUGAGGGUUUAACUCCUUUAAACAGAGCCCUUCAAAAGUUCAAACCCUCAUACAAUGUGUUCUUAUGUGUUUUGGAACUUAUCAAAUGUGAAAGGCAAUUAAGUACUGAUGUAUUGCAAAAAGUUCAGUCCUUACACGACAUUCAUCAUGCCAAGUAUAAAUGUGAUCAAUGCCAUCGAAUACCCACGGGACAGUGCCCCACCCCACUCAUACGAUUAUGUAGAAAUUCACUUCUUGAACAUUUAGGCCCCAGAUUAUCAUUAUCGUUCCCAAAAUUAUGUUUAUUAUUGCCCAGUCCUGUGUUACGAUAUAUUAACCUUGAGUGCGACGAUUAAUGAAUCAGGUUUAUCAAUGCGUCAUCAAAGAUUACAUCAUUAAGCAUGAGAGUUAUUUGGGUGUUUGACAUGUAAUGUAACGUAUGUGUGUAUAGUCAGUCUAUUGCAGUGAGUACGUGUGUAUUUUGUUAUUGUUUAUGAAUGGGUGAACAUUAAUAUUUAAAGUGUGUUUGGUUGUUAUUAUAUUAUCAUAAUCUUGGUUAUUGGCCUCAUAAUUGUAAAUAUAACUUUGUUACAUAUCAUUAUAAUCAAUUACUUCAAAAGCAGCUUAAUUAGGCUAUGCAACAUUAUGUAUUUCAUGUAUUUCAUUCAUAUUGUUAUCCACGAAACCUAAAAUUAUGUAUAUUAUAAUUGGAAUUCAUAUCUGAUCACGCACAUGUUAUUGUGUAAAGUUGUGGAUUUGUUGGGUUUUUUUGUACACCUUUGUUGAAUGAAUAUAUGUUGAUAAAUACUACCUUGGUUUUGCUGGACAUUACCUUCCAUGUUUGCAGUUCACUCAAUUAUGCAAUAUUAUUUCAUAACAUUAUUAUGUUAAUGUUUGGGUUAUGUUAAUUUAUAACUAGCCUACCUGUAAUAUUGCUUCUGUGAUAAAACAGUUUGAUUUACAUGUAGCCUAGGUCAGAUUUUAGAUUUUUAAAAAUUAAUUCAUUAUUUGACUUUUAUUUUAUUUAUCGUUUAUUUGUUAAACAGAUUUAAACAUUAUUGUAAUAUUUUUAUAAUAUAUAUUUAUGUCACCUUGUCCAUUUGUUCAGUUAAUAAAUAUUGGGUGUUAU